AUGCCCAUUAGACUUCCGGCCUUCGUUGCCACUUCCUGUAUCCUCCUCCUGGUCUCUGUAUUGUACCUCCCGGCCGGCGGUGACCCCAUUGUCCCCGGCUGGCCUUUUAUCAUUAUGUGGAACGCACCUACCCAGCCUUGCUUGGCCAGCCACAACGUAUCUCUGGACCUGGAGGCUUUUGAUAUUGUCGUCAACCAGAACCAUUCAUUACUGGGCCCGGAAGUGGUGAUCUUCUACAGCACCAAGUUGGGUCUCUAUCCUUACUACAGCCAGGAACAUGGGGCGGUCAAUGGCGGUCUUCCACAAAAUGUAAGCCUGGAGGACCAUUUGGUUAAAGCUCAGCAAGAUCUGAAAGCCGCCAUGGUAGACCGGAGUUUCAGAGGAGUGGCGGUGGUGGACUGGGAGGAGUGGAGGCCGCUAUGGGCCCGCAACUGGGAAAAUAUGACCCUCUAUCAGUUGAUGUCACUGAAGCUGGUCCAUCUCUGGCACCCGGGCUGGUCAUAUAGGAGGCUGAAGAGGUUGGCAAAGAAGCAGUUUGAGGCAGCGGCCAAGAAACUCAUGACGUCCACCCUGCAGAUGGCCCUCCAGCUGAGCCCCAAUGGCCUCUGGGGGUUUUAUGGCUUUCCGGAAUGCUACAAUUACGGCUACAUAAAGUCCAGCCAGAAAUACACCGGCCGGUGUUCAGAUGAGGAGAUGCAAAGGAACGACGCCUUGGACUGGCUGUGGAGGAUCAGCCGGGCUUUAUAUCCGCACAUCUACCUGGACAGAGGCCUGAAGAACUCCCAACAUGUGGGGCCCUUUGUCAGGUACCGUGUGCAGGAAGGACUCAGGGUGGCCGCUGAUGUCCCAGUGCUGCCGUAUGCCCGCAUCGCCUACACCUACAGCAUGGACUUCCUCACCCAGGACGACUUGAUGAAGACGAUCGGGCAGAGCGCGGCACUGGGGGCCUCGGGGAUCGUCCUUUGGGGGAACAACGACUACAGCCGCAGCAAGGAGUCAUGUCUGGCCAUAAAAGGGUUCACAGAGGAGACGCUGGCCCCCUACCUGAAGAACGUCACCGCGGCGGCCGUACUCUGCAGCCGCGCGCUGUGCUCAGGGAACGGACGCUGCGUCCGCAGGUUCCAGGACUCUGAUGUCUACCUCCAUCUGGACCCCCAACUCUUCACCAUCCGGCGGGACCCCCUCGGGAAAGGGUUUGCGGUGCAUGAAAAUCUCUCCGGGGAGAAACCGAGACGAUUUGAUGAUGUCAUCAUCGGAGGUUCCUCUUCGGGCGGAUCGCGGUCGUGUCUACGUGACGGUUUCGCCAUCUCCGAGUUGCUCAAUAUUCUGCAGAUGUUUCCUCCGGACUCGGAGCCGCUCGUCUGUUCCCGGCACCAGAACCUUAUAACCGGGGCCCCCAACCUGCACCUGAUCCUGAGGGGCGGUCCUAGUUCCACCUGA